ACACACACACACACACACACACACACACACACACACACACACACACACACACACACACACACACACACACACACACACACACACACACACACACACACACACACACAAACACACACACACAGCUUGGUCUCACACAGUCUUUGUACUGCAAGUCUCUGUUGAUCUCCUCAGAUCUCCGCUGCUCUUGGCAGGACAGUGAUUUUUGUCCUUGACACAUAAAAACUGAAUAAUUUCAGUUUCUGUGUGACUUGUGAUAAAAAUGUGUUCACAGUAUCCUCAUGUCUGAGGGUCUACAUGUCUGUAGGUUAAAAUAGUCUACAAGUCUACAGGUCUGCAGGUCAGUGGGUUCAAGUCUGAAAUGUUUAUAGUGUGGCAGUGUGAGUGUCCUGUCACAAUGUCCCGAUAGAUCAUGCGCCCUGGCUACUUGGCCAAGGGGAUGUCCCUUUGGCUGACUGGUUAGAGCGUAUGACUCUCACCCGGGAGUCUGGGGAUCGAAUCCAGCCCGGGCCCUCGUUUCUUCACCUUGCCACAAUAGGUUUGCAUGCAGGAUUUGAUCUUGAACCAGAUUUGGAUCCAAUCUUCGUUAAUUCUAAAAAGUAGAAAUCUAAUUUCUGCCUUUAAUCAGAGGUGUUGAACGUCUUCUAGUUAGUUUUGUGACAUGGUUUGUGUCACCCGUGGUGUUCCAAGGGGGGCGUACAAAUCAGUAGGGUAUCAGAAUACUAAAUGUUUAAAAUGAUUAUCCCGCCACACUCAGACUCACUCUAACUGGAUAGUGUACUUCAUCCGGAUAAGAUUUUUGUCUUUGUGUUUUUUUUUCUACCAAAGACAAGCCAAAUGGAGCUAGGAGGGACGAGGCUGUUGUUUAAACUGUAAAGAGUAGAAGUAAAAAGUCGGCUAAGAGAUAUUUCCCCCAAUCAAGUGUAGAUGCCCCAAAUGAACUUGCUCAGACCUGAACGAGGCAGUCCCAGAAACGGAGCUGCUGGACAACACCAUCCAGAAAGGCAGAGCUCAGCUGUCCAUCAAAACACGGAGGCACCGCCCCUCACGGUCCCGUUACCGUGACAGCGUGAGCUCCACAGAGGGUGACGACGGCUUUGACAGAAAGGACAGUCCAGUUCAGUCUACCCGCUCACCUUUACACCUGACCAUGAGAGGCUCCUCCCCCUCUCCUGAUUUGCUGGGGUCCUCCCGAAGCCCUGCCUUCUCCUUUGAUGCAUCGCUGGUACGACGCUCUCCAGAGGAUGGAGGCCUUUCAUUGGCUGCUCCACCAAAGGGUCGGUACAAACAGCUGACCAAUGCAACAUCUCAUGAGGCUUUGGUGACACCAAACAGCUCACCAUCUAAAUCCUGCCCAUCCUCCGACAGCUCACCUGCCUACAUGAGGAGGAACAGAAGGCCCGACAGCGAAGUUCUGGUUUCUGAUAGGAGUCGAGACACAAGUCCAGUAGAUCCUGGAAGUCCAACUGUCAUUUUUGACAAAAAGACAAAGAGACGCUUCUUAGAUCUGGGGGUGACACUCAGACGUUCCUACAUCAGAGUGAGGAAAGAUAAAUCCAACAGGCUCUCUGUAGGCAGCAGAGAGCCGUCUGAGAGUCCAUCUCGCUCCUCUGGAUCUUUUGUCUCUUUCUCCUGGUUCACUGAAGGUCGAGGAUCAUUUUCCUCCUCUGGGACUCCUCCAUGUUCACCCAAAAUAGCACCACUGAGCCCACAGAGGCCCUGCAAGUCCCACUCCCAGGAGUCCGCCCUCAGUGAGGAGUUUUCUCCUCUCCACACAUCCACUUCCACAUCUCCUCCUCUUCCUAUUGUCGAGUCCUCCUCUAGAUCCUCUCAUCCAUACCAGACCCUGUCUCAGUCCUCCGAUGAGCCUGGUGAUGAACCAUCCUCCUCCAUGUCCUCCUGGACAACUCAGGAGGUCUGUCAGUGGCUCCAUGGCCUCCACAUGGACCAGUAUGUUCCAGAGUUCAGUGCCAGAGAAAUUGAUGGAGAGCAGCUGCUGCAGAUGGACGGCAGCAAGCUGAAGAGUCUGGGUGUCCUUAGUUCAUCAGAUCGCAGCGCUCUGAAGCGUUGCAUCAAAGACAUCCAAAGUGCAGCAGAGAAGGAGAGAAAAGCUUUGGACAAGCUGGAGAAACAAAAGGAAAAACAACGAAGGAAAGAUCUGGAGCAACGGAGGAACUGAGGCUGACCAUGGAGAGAAGCCUAAAGUAGGAGGACAGAAGAGAAAAGUGAAGAGAUGAGACUGUUGGCAUUCAGAUUUUG